AUGACAGAGAGUGGAUUUGGGGUCCAGCGCAACGCACCGCGUUUCGACAACAAGACUCUGCUAACGACAGCCCCAACGCUUGCAUACUACGACCCAACAAAGCCAACAAUGGUCAGUGCUGAUGCCAGCAGUUACGGGAUUGGUGGUUACAUCCUUCAGAAGCAGGAAGACGAGUCCUGGAGGCCAUGGCCCGCAUCUGAUGCAAAACUGGUUGAAAUAGCCGCAGAAACCAGCCGCAACCGUACCCUAAAUGCAGUCAUCUCUUUCGUCAAAGAUGGAUGGCCGAAGUACCAGAAAGAUUUUGAGCCACAGUCGAGACGAUUCUGGGAUGACCAGGACAAGAUCAGCCUAGUUGGUGGUAUUCUCACAUAUGGUGACCGCAUUGUGAUACCAACGAGCCUGAGACAACAAAUGUUGCAGAGAAUCCAUGAGGGUCAUCAAGGCAUCUCGAAAAGCCGUCUCCGAGCCAAUCAGGCUGUGUAG